AUGAGCUCAGACGAGAAGAACGACACCACUCGAGCAACGCCUGCCAACGACGCCGCUUUAGUGGCAAACGACGUCAACGUCGACGAGAUGGUGUCGCACUUGACGGAACGAGUGCGCGAGAUCAGCACUCGCGACGACGACGACGACGAGAGGAAUAAAGAAGGAGACGAUGAUGAUGAUGAUGCGAAGAAAGUCGACCUCCAAUCCGACAAUUCGAAUACCGCGAAGAACGAGGAAGAGGAAACGACGAAUUUCGAGGAGGAAGAGGAACAGAAAAAAGACGUUGGCGAUUCAAAACGCACGAUCUUUAUCGGUGGGAUCCCGCCGUACGAAAUCGACGAGGAACGAGUCACUCGGUUUUUUAAGAACGAACACGAGGAAGAGGUGACGACGAAGUUAAUCCCGGACCUGAGGAAAGGAUGCCACAAAGGCUACGGGUUUGUGAAAUUUAAAACCCAGGAAUCCGCGGAGCGAUUUUUGGAACGAGGGAAAGUGGAGAUCGACGGGAAGACGAUCGACGUGAAAGCGGCGAAUAAAGAUUCGCCGAGGUACGAUCCGAAUCACGUGAAUAGUCAUAAUAAUAACAACAAUAACGUGAUGAUGAUGAUGAUGAACGCGGGCGGGAACGGCUUUUAUAACAACAACCAUCAAUAUCAGAGAGGCGUCGGCGGCGGUUUUACGCAACAAGGCUAUCCGAACCAGAUGAUGAUGGGAGGCGGAGGAGGAGGCGGACGAGGAUUCAUGGGAGGUGGAGGAAGAGGCGAUUUUGGUGGCUUUCAUGGUGGAAGAGGUGGGAGAGGAGGGAGACACGCGAACCAUUACGGCCAAACGCACGGGUAUCAUCAACCGAACAUCGUCAUGGGCCCGGACGGGAACAUGAUGGUCGUGGAUCCGUAUUUUAAUCCAAACAACAUGGGCACAGGUGGUGUUGGUGCGAACCAAGGGAUGUUUGGACAACCGAGACCGAGACGAUUCUCUGGUGGCCGAGGCGGAGGGUUCAUGGGCCAAAGAAGAGGCACGUACCCGGCCCAAUUCAAUCAAUCUGGGAACGUGAACGGAUUAAACGGCGACGGCGUGAACGGUCCGUCACAAUCCGACGGGAACGAUGGGAUCGUGAAUAACCCGGACGAAGAAGAUUCUGACGACGCGAACGGAAAUGCGAAGAACGUAGCCGCGAUUGGUGGUAAUAACGAAACCAUUCCUUUGUUGGACGAAAAUGGAUUUCCGUUACCUGCGGAAGAGCAAGGAAGCGAACAAGACCGCGGGGUUGGAGGCGCGUCGCCGUCGACAUCAUCCAGGCGGUAUAAUAAUAAUAACAAUAACAUGGGAGGCAUGGGAGGUGGAUACCCGCAAUACUCCUCGCAAGUGUUCGUCGGCGGCUUGCCGAAAACCGCUACGGAGGAGGAAGUUGGAUGGUUCUUUUCGCAAUACGGUCCAGUCGCUCGAGUGCGUUUGAUUUACGAUAAAGAAACCGGCGCAUCCAAACGAUACGGGUUCGUUGAGUUUGCACACCCAGAGAUUGCCGCUGCGGUAAAAGAUUUACGCAACUUACAGUUUCAAAACCGAACGAUUGAUGUAAACUACGCGUCUCGACACAUAUCUCAGAUGAGUUACGGCAUGCCGCCGAGAGGCUCGCGGCAUCAUCAACAUCAGCAACAGGCGAUGAUGCAACAAAUGAUGGCGGCAGGGGGGAUGCCUCCUCAGUUUGAUGCGAUGGGUAAUCCAAUCAUGUACGCACCGAACGGAAUGAUGAUUCCGCCUCCUCAUUUUGCCGCCAUGCAGCAGCAAAACGAAGGGGGGUUAAUCGGCGGAGAAAACAUGAAAUCGGGAGACGAUGGGAACACUAGCAUUAGCAACAUUGGAGGGGUGGAUAUGAGUAGUUUGAACGCAAAUAUGAACGCAGGGGGUAUGUCGGGAGGAGCUAGUCUAGACGGGAAAGAGUAUCCGAAUAUGUACGGUGCGCCGUAUGGGAUGGGUUUCCCUCCCGGAAACGCGGCCAUGUUCGGACAACCCGGAAUGAUGGGGCCGGACGGUAUGGAUCCGAGCGGAAUGAUUCCGAUACCGCAGCAUCACGGACAACAGCAGCAACAAGAUUUUAGCCAACCACUUCCACCGACUGGAAUGAGUGAAAGCGUUGUUCCUGAUGAGUGA